CGGGAAUUCAAGCGAGGUCAAGGGUUACAGUACAUGCCAAGUAAAAAAUGGCUGCCGAUUUGGCACAAUUCGAUUUAUUACUUCAGUCUCUUUUGAGCCCUGAUAACAACACAAGAACACAAUCAGAGCAAGCAUAUGAGGGUAUUCCAAUCCAAAGUCGUCUGGAAUUCCUGAUCCGCACUGUACGAAACACAGACACGUCCAUUGAGAUAAGGAGCUUGGCAAAUGUUCUGCUACGACGCUUGUUCACGUCCAAUUUUGAAGAGUUUUGGCCUCAAGUGAGUGAAGAGCUUAAAAAUGCUGUCAAGAAGGAAAUGCUGCUGGCUGUCCAAGAAGAGUUGACUCCCCCUGUCAGGAAAAAGGUCUGCGAUGCCCUGGCUGAACUGGCUAGGAAUAUGAUAGAUGAGGAAAACAACAUGCUGUGGCCUGACUUCCUCAAGUUUCUGUUUGAGUGCGCCAACUCACAGGACCCGGGCUUGAGAGAGAGCGCUCUCCAUAUAUUCACUGUGGUGCCAGGAGUGUUUGGGAACCAGCAGACUCACUACAUUGAGGUGAUCAAGCAGAUGCUGGGACAGAGUCUCCUGGACCGGGAACACACUCAGGUUCGGUUUGAAGCAGUGAAGGCAACUACAGCGUUCCUCAAUGCCAAUGACAAGGAGCAGGGCUUGUUGAACCACUUCCGGGACCUGUUGCCUGGUGUCGUGCAGGGUGUUGUGGAGAGUGUGAACCAACAGGAGGAUGAUGCGCUACUCAAAUGUAUGAUCGAACUGGCAGAGAACGUCCCAAAGUACCUGCGUCCCCAGCUGGAGAGCAUCAUUCCUUUGUGUCUAAAGGUUGUAUCAGAUGCCAAUUUACCAGACUCAUGGCGCCAGCUUGGCCUGGAGGUCAUCACCACUCUCUCAGAAACGGCGCCAGCCAUGGUCAGGAAGUUCAGCAAAUUUAUUCCUCUACUGGUGCCCCAGGUGCUUGCUCUGAUGGUUGACCUGGAGAAUGACCCUGAUUGGUCAGUUCAAGACAAGGAUGAAGAUGAGGAUGAAGCUGACAGCAAUGCUAUUGCUGGUGAAAGUGCUCUGGACAGACUGGCAUGUGCCCUGGGAGGGAAGACAAUGCUGCCACACAUUGUCACAAACAUCUCACAGAUGAUGGCUCAUGAGGACUGGCGCUACCGUCAUGCAGCACUGAUGGCGAUAUCUGCAUGUGCCGAGGGCUGUCAUUUACAGAUGGAGACGAUGUUGGGGAACAUCAUGGAUGCUGUCAUGCCGCAAACAAAGGACCCUCAUCCUAGGGUGAGGUACGCUGCGUGUAAUGCCAUUGGUCAGUUGUGUACAGACUUUGGCCCAACCUUUCAGAAAAAGUUCCACCAGCGGAUAGUAUCAGAGUUGCUCCAGAUCAUGGACGAUGAGGCCAACCCUCGUGUGCAGGCUCACGGUGCUGCUGCCCUCGUGAACUUCAGCGAAGAUUGUCCUAAGCAUAUACUUGUCACGUACCUUGAUGUCAUCGUUAAUAAGCUGGAACAGGUUCUCAACAGCAAGCUGAAAGAACUGUUGGAGAAGGGUACGAAGCUUGUACUAGAACAAGUUGUCACAACACUAGCAUCUGUGGCUGACACUGCGGAGGAGAAGUUCCUACAGUAUUAUGAUAGGUUUAUGCCGUGUUUGAAGUAUAUCGUUCAGAACGCCACGACAACGGAGUUGCGGUUACUACGAGGGAAAACCAUUGAGUGUAUCAGUCUUAUAGGGUUGGCUGUUGGAAGGGAGAGGUUUAUGCAGGACUGUAACGAUGUGAUGCAGCUGCUGUUGAAGACACAAAUGGACCAGGAGGAAAUGGCGGACGAUGACCCACAGAUAUCAUACAUGAUCUCAGCGUGGGCAAGAAUGUGUAAGAUAUUGGGGAAGGAUUUCCAGCAGUACCUGCCACUUGUGAUGGGGCCAGUGCUCAAGGCAGCCUCUCUUAAACCUGAGGUUGCAGUUGUUGAUAGUGAAGACAUGAAAGCCAUGGAGAAUGACUCGGACUGGCAGUUCGUUACUCUUGGGGAUCAGCAAAGUUUUGGUAUUCGGACAGCAGGCCUGGAAGAGAAGGCAACAGCCUGUCAGAUGCUGGUGUGUUACGCAAGGGAGCUGGAUGAGGCAUUUGCUCCAUACACAGAGGAAGUUGUCAAGACACUAGUACCACUUCUCAAGUUCUACUUUCACGAUGAUGUUCGGAUCGCUGCGUCAGAGAGUCUGCCGUUCCUGAUCGGAUGUGCCAGUAUACGUGGACCAGAAUACCUUGCCCAGAUGUGGGACUUUAUUUGUCCAAACUUGCUUAAAGCUAUUGAGAUUGAACCCGAGCAAACAGUACUGCCCGAGCAUCUCAACUCUUUAGCAAAGUGUGUGGAGAAGCUGGGCAAGGGUUGUCUGACAGACGAGUACAUGAAACAGCUGGUGCAGUCUAUAGACAAGCUGCUGAAGGACCACUCGUCACGGCAGGAGGAGCGACAAGAGAAGCGGAAGGAUGAGGACUAUGAUGAACAAGUGGAAGAAUCUCUUUUGGAUGAGGAUGAUGAAGACGUGUACAUACUCAGCAAGAUAUCCGACAUCAUCCAUUCCUUCUUCGGGACACACAAAGACGCCCUUCUGCCGAUAUUUGAACAGAUCAUGCCACAUUUUGUCAAACUCUUGAACCCAGCUCGGUCGUGGCCGGACAGACAGUGGGCUCUGUGUGUGUGGGACGAUGUGUUGGAACACACUGGACCUAUCUCCAUCAAGUAUCAGGAGUUCUUCCUGAGGAAUAUGCUGGACUCCCUGGUAGACAAGUCCACGGAGGUGCGGCAGGCAGCAGCGUAUGGCAUCGGAGUCAUGGCCCAGUUCGGGCAGGACGUUUAUGCCGAUGCUUGUGCAGAGGCAAUUCCAAGGCUAGUACAGAUGAUCGAGAACCCCGAAUCUAAAUGCUCAUCAAAUGUGAACGCGACAGAAAAUGCCAUAUCGGCAGUGACUAAAAUAUGCAAAUAUAAUGCUUCCAAAGUGAAUGUGGAUGAGCUGAUCCCUCGAUUCAUCUUCUGGCUUCCCGUGACGGAGGACGAGGAUGAAGCGAUUCACAUAUACGGCUACAUGUGCGACCUCCUCACAUUGAACCAUCCAGGCAUAUUGGGAGAGAACAGCCAGAACCUGCCGCGGAUAGUGGCAAUCAUUGCUGAGUCAAUAUGUAAAGAGGUAGUUGCCUCCUCACAUGCCGUCUUUGGAAGAAUGCUGCAGAUUGUCAAUCAAGUGAAGGCAAAUGAGGAGGUGUUCCAGGCCUGCGUGGGAGCUUUGUCUCAAGAACAGCAGGAAGCUUUAUCUGUUGCACUAUCUAAAUGCUGAUUGGCUAGUUUCAACUUUUCCUUGACUAAUGAGAAAAGCACUUGUGUGAAUUGUGUACCGUUGAGGGCAUUUUUGAAUGAUUCUUGUGGGCUGUGAUUGGCCAGUUUGACUCUCUUUGAAUAGCCAAUCAGAGUGCUUGUUUCCCAAGACUAUCUAACAGCAUUGGACAGACUCAUCGUGGUGAUGCUGUGUAUCAACCUAUUGCUUUCUUGUGCAUUUCACACUUCAAGACAUAGAGCAACAGUUACUUGGCAGAUUCUCUGAUAAACUGACAGAGGAAUAUCUGUUGUCUUUUCAUCCCAAGCUGAAGAUUGUAGCUAUUUGAGUAAGAGGAGACAGUUUCUGCUUUCAUCCGCGCCAUUGGAUUGUUCCCAGUACUGUGAGACGCCUGCUGUAGGCUUUAAUAUACAACAGUUGUAGGAUAAAGCUUGUUUCUUUAACAUCCUUCUUAAGAAUUCUCGGAACAUUGCACAAUAUUUAGGAGAUUACAUUGGAUCUUAUUUUGAAUUUUCCUUUCUAUGGAAAACUUCGCAAAGAAACUGAAAUGUUCAUUCAGAUUUCUAAUAUGUUGAAACGUUACUUGUUUCAGUGUCAAAUAUUUAAUGUAUAUUUUCUUGAAGCUAUAUUAAAUUUAUUGUACAGAUCCUUGAACAUUGUAAAUGUUUUGAAUAUCCUGCAUUUGUGAAGAUGCAUGUCAUCUGGUCAGGAAGCAAGUUUCAGAUCAGCCUCUUGUUGUACAGAGUUUUAGAUGUAACAGCUGUGCAUAAUGCUUACUUGUGUUCAUGAAACUAACUGGACAACAACAAUCUCAGAACUCAAGUCCAUGGCCUGGACUUCUCAUGUAGAGCGCUCAAUUAUGUUGGCCGGGCAGACCAAAGUUGAUAAUCUUCAAAUGCAAGACUUAACAGAUUAUAUUUCAGACGUCAUUGAUUGAUUUAACUUCAAAGUUGUUGGUUGGUUCAUAGCUGUCAAAUGAAAUUAAGUGAGUUUUAUUUGGCAAAAGUAUUCAAAGAACAAAGAAUGGGAUGUUAUAUACAAGGUCAUGGUCACUUCCGAUCUUCACAAACACACAUCCACAUAGGCGGAUCCAAUGCACCCCCUUUUUUUCCUGAAAGUUUAUUAAAUGACCAUUGCAAUUGGCUGGUGUCAGUAAAAAUCACUCAAUUCUACAUUAUUAUGUUUCAUGCUAAUGCAUUCCUAUGACUUGUAGUCUAUUCUUACUGUACAAUUUGUAUCAGUGCAAUCUUCAAAAUUCACAUUUGUCUUGGUGACACAGAAGGUCCAGUUGUUAAAGCUGCCUCCAUUUUCUGAGUUGUUCCUUUCGAAUGUCAGUGUGUUUUUUCUCUGAUUCUCCCCAAUAUGUUUCUAGGUUUUUUGGGCUUUCCUCCCACAGGCACACUGUGAUGUAACUGAGAUAUUGUUUAUAACAGCAUUUAUAACCAUUUAACUCACUUUCGCUAGUCUAAGGCUGUUGGGUUCAGGUCAUGUCCAGUGAUACUAGUCCACAUUAUAAUUCUCAAUGCAUCCUAAUUGGAAUUGAAUGCCACGAAGAACAUGUAUAGUGCGUUUGGUUCAAAAUCGGACCGAUGAAUUGCAAUCUAACUCAAAAA